GAAAUAUAUUAAAAUUUACGGCCACUGGAUUAAUUCACUCUUUUGUCUGUUUUUGAUUUAGUAAAAGGUUCAAUAGUUAUGAUUGGUGAACUAUAGGAUACAGGUAUUCCAAUGUAGUUCAUUCACAUUGUCUGAGAGAGUGGUCAAUUUAAAACAUACAAUAUAGUCUUAUGAAAUAAGAAUAUUAACAAGAUGUAACCAUUUGAUUGCUUCAAGUAAAGAUCUCAGCAUUCGGUGCAAAUUUUGACACUGUUGAGUUAACGAAUCUAUUAUUUCAGAAAUGAUGAACUGUGGAUUAAUAUUUCUAAUUUAUUUGGAUUUGUAUAAUAAUUUCUAUUUCAGUAUACAAUAUAGGAAUGGGAUUAUUACAAACAGUGAAUAGCAAACCCUAAGUUUGUUUACUUGCAUUACUUGUGUACCCUUAUCAGUCAAGAAUUGGUGGUUACCACUAUGUGAAUAAAAUAUACAGUGCGAAGAAAUUAGUGUCCAUAUACAGUUUAGUUACUGCUGUUUUCACAACACUUCAUUCUGUAGAACUUCAGAGUUACCUAUCAAUAUAAGGGUUGUAUUUUGAAUUAGAGGGAUAGUUCAGUACAACAAUAAAUUAGGUAGCUACAAUUAAGCUAGCUAAAUGUAAUAUGUUUUAAGUAUAAUGUUAAUUGAAGCGUGAAAUCUCAUCCAUAAUUUAAAAAUGACCAAGUGAAGGGUUGUUCAAACCUUCAAGACUGUAUGUUUUAUCUGUCGAGUGUAACCAUAGUUGUGGACUAGAAUGUGGUAUACCUUUUCACAAGUUGUUUAAACAGUUUAACCGAAGUCUUUGCAACUAAUAUAUUUUAUAGGUUUUUGGUAACUUUAUUGUACUGAGUAUCUAUCUUUAAUUUAAACGAUAGGUUUCAGGUAUUUUAAUUGAACUAUUUAGUAAAUAAUACGUCACCAAAAGGCGAACAACUUUUAUACAAAAUGUUUCAGAUUGUGAUGGAUAUCCUAUGUCAAAGAUGAAUCGAGUUCACUUAACAUUCCUUGUUUGCAGAGUCCGUUUGGGUUUCAUGUAAACGUCAUGAUUAGCUGCUUCAAUAUUAAAAGAAAAUGAAGCAAUCACAAAGUUUAAGUAUGAUUCGAGAACUUUGAAAUCUCCAAAAAGUUAUGAUACACCUUAACCGAUGACACAGUUUACUAAAAGAAGUAUAAUCCACCUAAUAUGGAUAAACUUGAACUAAAAUCUAACACAUUUAGUAAAACAUUUCCUAAAAUUUGGAUAUAAGUUGGUGUUUCUUUAAAAUUUCAAAUCACUUUAGUCCUGUUCGUUUUUACUCUUAGCUCAUAUUGAUUUCAUUGGUUAUAUAAAAUCCUAUGACUGGCUAUAGUUUUCUCAGCUCUGACUUAAAUUGUUCUUAAAUAUCUUUUUCACUUGGGCGAGCUUAUAGCUAACUUGUCUGGUCCUGGGAGAUAUCGUAAUCUUAUGACAUUUUAGUAUUUUAUACAUCGACAUUGUCUAUGUAAUGUAACAACAACUGUAUUAGUUAAUGUACUUAAGACAAAUUGCCCUUUAUGUAUAUUCUAGGCGUCUAUCUAGCUUUCCAUCAAUGGCUUAAAACAUACCCUCUCGCAAAAUCUACCGUGUUUGACAAAAAAAUUGGAAAUUAAUUAAUUUAUUUAUCGUGUUAUAUGAAGAGGCGCGAAAUCAGAUCCACUGUAUUUCACUAGUACUAGGACUUCCAACCACCUUAUUCGAUUUGCGAUCAUCAACGUUAUUUCAGUUUCAGUUCCUUUUUCGUAAUAGUACUGAUGAUAAUAAUAUGACAUUAAUAAACUUAAAAAAUCUAUCAAAAUAACAUGUUCGUAUGUGAAAACUCAUUAACAUGCAGAAUCAUAUGAUUAAGAUAAGAACGUUUCAUUGAAAAACAAACUGAUUUAUUUACCUAAUGUUGCAGUUAAUUGACUCAUUAUUGUAUUAAUGAUUGAAAAUCACAUCUUAUUGUGUGUACCAGUCACAGUAAAGCUAAAUGGAAACCUAUGCUCUCUAACUUUUAGCUUACUUUUAUUGUAAGAUGAACUAUACACCUGACGAAACAUUAAAGAAAUGUUUCGUAAACAUCUGUUUAGUUCCAGUAUACUGAUGGAUUUGAAUGAAUCCUUUUGUUGUUACAAAUUAAUUUAGAUUACUAUUUUUAGUAUGGGGUUGUCGAGAUUAUUGUGUUUCAUUGAAAUAAUGAACCGAUCUAAGCCCACCAUUAUUACUAGUAUUGUGUUGGUAUUUUUACUACUGAUUUACGAACUGUUCGAGUCUAAUAAGAUAACUAGAUGUAUCAGGAGAGCUUGAUUACUUCUGAUGAUCAGACAAUGAAACCGACAUUUUAGCAAAUUACAACUCACACAAAUAUUCUGCAUAAAAAUUUCGAAAUGUGUUGACUUUUAAAAUUGUUUGGUUACUCAUUAAGGUGCACGAAAUAAGAUUAUUUUUUUCGUAGUAUUUAAAUUCUAAUUGAAAUAUUUUUAUUCGCAACCUAAAAUGUCUUUGAAGAUAUUCUAACCGUCCUAUGGGAAAACGUUCAAUUUGAUGAAAAACAUUCCUUACAUUGGAAUGUACCAUUAUAUAACAUAAAUCGGUAUUAGUGUGUAUUUUAAGAUAAAAGAUCUUAUGCACGAAAUCAACAAUAGCUAUCACGUUUCUAGUGUUUUUUUAUUUAAGUAGGUAGUGACCUAAUUGUUGGAGAGAACUUUUAAGCUUGUAGAAUUUCUAACAUUCGAAUAUUUUCACCAGAAUAGACUAUAUCAAAAAUGAAUCAUGUGUAUUUAUUCUCAUUUAAUUUUCUCCUGCGUUUGUUUUGUUUUUCAAUACAGAAUCAUGAAUGAAUCAACAGUUGAAGGUGGCGAUAUCGACGAUUCGUCUCAUCUGAGAAAGUUAACUUCAAUGGGUGAUAGCUGCCCUAGUUGUCGUGCAGUCAGCUCAAUUAUCCCUUUAACCCUGUCUGCUUAUAUACUGUAUGUGUGUAAAGAUCAAGCCUCCAAGUAUGCUGGUGUAAAAAAAGUGUCAUAUUUGACUCUAUGCACUAGUAUAUCAUUGGGUUUGCUAUACCUUGGAGGGAGUCAGUUGUUCUCUCGAUGAAAUGCAAAACUACCAAUGAAAGCCUCAUAGACGAAUUAUUUCGACUACUUUAACGUUGAUAUUGUGUCCUGUUACCAAUGAAUGAAGCGCUAUUGCUGAUCUAUUCUCAGGCUUAUUGAGGUCAACUGAACAUCGGAAAACAUUUUUCGAAUAUUUUUCGUGUAUUUUAAACUGUAUAUCCAGUUACCUAUAUGUUUCUCCCACAUAUGCUACAUCGCA